ACAACCUUGACAAAUUAUCCUUUUACGUAUGAAGAAAAAAUACCCCUUUAGUUAUUUUUAGCCCCCAACAAGAUCAAAAUAAAAUAAAAAAUUAUAUAUAUAUAUGUGAGAUUUUUAAUGCAAGCUCCUACCAACGCCCAGUUGUUACUUUUUAUCAUCUGUAUGUGGAGUUCUUAAGUCACUUCAGCAGUUCUAGCAUUUGGAGCUUAGAGAGGAGAAAAUUCACUGUUUUUUGAAAUAGAAAAACAUGGAGGACAAGUUUAGAAUCAAGAAAGAUGUUACUGAAUUGAUUGGCAAUACGCCAAUAGUUUAUCUCAACAAUGUUGUGGAUGGCUGUGUAGCUCGCGUUGCUGCCAAGCUAGAAAUGAUGGAACCUUGCUCUAGUGUCAAAGACAGGAUAGCACACAGUAUGAUACAAGAUGCUGAGGAAAAGGGUCUAAUCACGCCAGGGAAGACUGUUCUUGUUGAGCCUACUAGUGGCAACACCGGCAUUGGGUUGGCAUUCAUUGCAGCAGUCAAGGGUUACAAGGUUAAACUAGUUAUGCCAAGUUCUUACAGUGUCGAAAGAAGAAUUGUGCUCCUAGCCUUUGGAGCUGAGGUGUAUCUCACAAACCCUGAAAAGGGAGUUCAAGGGAUUUUUGACAAGGUCGCUGAGCUGUUAAAUGACACCCCCAACAGUUACACGCUAAAUCAAUUUGAAAAUCCUGCCAAUCCAAAGAUACAUUAUGAGACCACUGGCCCUGAAAUAUGGAGAGAUUCAGAAGAGAAAGUUGAUGCCUUUGUUGCAGGGAUAGGGACUGGGGGUACAGUAUCAGGUGCUGGGCAGUUCCUUAAGGAUCAGAACCCAAAUAUCAAGGUUUAUGGGGUGGAGCCAGUUGAAAGUGCAAUCUUGAAUGGUGGACAACCUGGGAAGCAUUCUAUCCAAGGAAUUGGAGCUGGUUUUAUCCCAGAUGUUCUGGAUGUGAAGCUACUUGAUGAAGUUAUUCCAGUAUCAGGUGCUGAAGCUAUUGAAACUGCUAAGCAGCUUGCUUUAAAAGAAGGUUUGCUGGUAGGAAUCUCAUCUGGUGCUGCAGCUGCAGCUGCCAUUAAGUUGGCAAAAAGGCCUGAAAAUGCAGGAAAACUCAUCGUGGUUUUGUUCCCAAGUUUCGGAGAACGUUACCUAUCCACUGUUCUUUUUGAUUCCAUAAGACAUGAGGCUGAAAACAUGACUUUUGAGUAAAGUCUAGCCAGAUUCCAGGAGACUGCUAUUGCUACUGAUGAUUCUUGACUCUUGAGUGAGAACUUUGAGUCUAGUAUGUGUAUUAGCUGCACUGAGCUGAACUAUUCAUAACCACAUAAAUACCUUUUUAAUUUUAAAGAAAAUAAAUUCUCAAUACUGAGAACAUCUUUGAAUUGUAAAGCUCCAUCGAAUUCUAGCUAUGAACCAUUUUGGUUGCAUAUUGGUACUCCAACCUUAUUAGCCUUAUUCACUCAUAACAAGGCUUGCUUGUAUAAAUAAAAGAGUCUCCUUGUAUGUA